AGAGCCUGGACAGCGCCUGUAGGAAGAAGAGCAGGAAGGAGCCGAGGAAAGGAAGUGGUCAGCAGCCCCGGGGUCCCAGAGAGCCCAUUGUGAUGCUGGCCAGGCUGGUGCUUGGGACCUCAGGCAGGGCGGCCCUAGGAUCAGUGGAGCCUGCGCUUGGCGGUUUGAAGUCAAUAUGGAGAUGCAGCCAAGCAUUUUGUUCUACUCCUAAGGGUGUGACUUAUAGGGAACUAAAAAGCCUACUGAACUCCAAAGACAUUAUGUUAAUUGAUGUUAGAAAUACAUUGGAAAUUCUUGAGCAAGGAAAAAUACCUGGAUCAAUCAACAUACCAUUGGAUGAGGUAGGUGAAGCUCUGCAGAUGAACCCAGUGGACUUCAAAGAGAAGUACUGUCAAGUGAAGCCAUCCAAAUCUGACCGUCUGGUGUUCUCUUGUUUAGCUGGAGUGAGAAGUAAGAAGGCUAUGGACACAGCAAUAUCACUGGGCUUUAACAGUGCUCAACAUUAUGCUGGAGGAUGGAAGGAAUGGGUAACCUAUGAAAUUUCAGAGGAGAAACAAGAAAGUUGACUUUUGGAAUUACAGACUCGGUGUUCAUAUCUAUAAGGAUGGUGGAUUAAGCAAAAGAAAAACCCAGCCCUGGCACCAAAGGCUAAUAGAUUCUGGAUGACUGCUUGGCGACCGUUUUCCUCAUCUGAGAACUGAGGGUGCUGCUCCCCUGAAUAUUUCAAAGUCUACUGCACACUGAGAUAAUAUGAGUUGCCACUGAAAUUAUAUUCUACAGUUCAUUUUGUUAUUCUUUUCUCAUACAUUACACCCGAAACCAAAGUUUCCCCUCCCCUCCCUCUACAAUUAAUUUUUAAGUAUUUUGGUGUUCCAAAAUGAUCAGAUAAGCUGGCGGUGGUGGCGCACGCCUUUGAUCCCAGCACGUGGGAGGCAGAGGCAGGCGGAUUUCUGAGUUCGAGGCCAGCCUGGUCUACAGAGUGAGUUCCAGGACAGCCAGGGCUAUACAGAGAAACCUUGUCUCGAAAAAACAAACAAACCGAUCAGAUAGCUCCAGUUAUCUAGCCAUGUGUCAUCACGGUUGUGAGCAAAACCAGUGUUAACAAGCAGCCCCAAUUUUAAACAAUAACUGAGCUUCUGGUUUGAGACCCAUAUUUUUAGGUCCAAUACUGGAAAGACGGAGGCAGAAAGAUCACCAUGAGUUUGAGUCCAGCUGGGACUACGGAGACUCUGUUUCAAAAGAAAAGACUCUGGGGUCUGGAGAAGUCAACUCUACUCAGGAAAAUAUAUUCACAGCAUCUGAAGACUCAUGGCAAUGUGUGGGCAGAGUAGUAACAAUUCAACUCAUUCUAAAAAUUAUAAUUAAUGUGAGGAUAAGAAUCUGAUGGGUUUUGACUGUGGAGAGCAAAGUAACCUAGAAGAGGCCAGGAAUUGGUGUGGGAUACUGGAGAUGUUCUGUGGCCAUGACUGAAAACGUCAGGAGUGUGUGUGUCAAAACUCAUCAAAGGAAGCAUAAAAAUGAGUGUUUUUCCACGUCAAUAUACCUCAAUUUCAAAACUAAUAAAAUAUUAAAGUUUGACUCCCUCCA